GACAAGAUUCAGAAAGUUCAUAACAGACCCAAAACUGUCUCUGUUUAUUAUAUGUGUAGAUUUAAACAAUCAACAAUAUUUUAGUAUAAUUUCUCCCAGCUUUGCAGCGAAAUUAUGGCUGAGAGAAACGAAAAAAUAAUUUUGGAACUUCUCAAAUGUCCAGGCAAUAGUGUUUGUGCAGAUUGUGAUUGUGAAAAUCCAGAAUGGGCAUCUUACAACAUUGGUAUCUUUAUUUGUACCCGUUGCUCUGGUAUUCAUCGUAGCAUGGGUGUUCAUAUCAGCAAGGUGAAACACUUGAAGCUGGAUAGAUGGGAGGAUUCACAAGUACAAAGAAUGAAAGAAGUUGGAAAUGUGAAAGCAAAGUUGAAAUAUGAGGAAAGGGUACCACCGUGUUAUAGGAGACCCAAGCAUAAUGAUCCACAAGUUUUAGUAGAACAGUGGAUAAGAGCCAAAUAUGAAAGGGAAGAAUUUAGUCGUCCAGAAAAGCAAACUUAUACCAAAGGACACAUGCAAGGGUUUUUGAUGAAAAGGGGUAAAGAGGAUAGCAGAUAUCAGCCAAGAAAAUUCAUUUUAUCAGAAGCUGACGAUACCCUGAAAUAUUUCAUAAAAGAGGACAGGGAACCUAAAGCUACUUUACGUUUAUCAGAGUUAAACGUAGUUUUUGCUCCUGAAAAAGUCGGAAUAAAUACAUCACUUCAAUUCACUUACCUGAAGGACGGCACAACUCGUCACAUUUACGUCUAUCACGAGGAACCGGAAAUCAUCAACAACUGGUAUAUGGCAAUAAGGUGUGCUAAGCUACAUCGUCUUCAAGUAGCAUAUCCUUCAGUUGCCGAAUAUGAUUUGGUCCAUCACUUAACCCAAGACUUCGCUAAGGAAGGGUGGUUAUGGAAGACUGGCCCGAGACUGAGUGAUGGAUUCAAAAAACGCUGGUUCACACUCGACAAUAGAAAAUUGAUGUACCACGAUGAUCCGCUAGAUGCCUAUCCAAAAGGGGAAAUAUUUAUUGGUUAUGCUCUGGAUGGAUACAGCAUAAGAAUUGGCGUUUCUACUGGUGUGAAAGACAUGGGUUUUUCAUUUUCUCUAACAACUCCUGAAAGAAUUUAUCAUCUAUCUGCUCAGACAGAAGAUGAUCGAGACCAAUGGAUUGACGUUAUUGAAAACGUGAUCAGACGACAAAUGACUCCUCAGGAAUCUGCAAUAGCAGCAAGAAUAAUUCGAAAACGAAGAAAUUUUUUUUACAGUUUGAGCUGGUAACUCUUAUAGAUAUGUUCAAACUGAUACUUUUUUGUUCAAACCUUGAAAAAAUAUCGGAAGCAAGAUCAGAUAGGAAAAUGAGAGCGGCAAGCAAGAAAUUCAUAUUGCAUUGAAUUGAAGAUAGGCUUUCAGUAUUGAACUUGCUGAAAAUUAUGAAGGAAUUGGAAAUUUAUUGGUCAAGACCAAAGUUUCAUAGUCUGCGGACAGAAGAUAAAUCAAGAUAUAUGGUGGUUGUUUCAGAAAACAAGUAAAUGUUGCAUUAUCAAUGAAGAUAAUAAUUGAAAUGCUCAGUUCAUGUCAUAUGAUUUUUUGGAAGAGAUAAUUACAAUACAUAUUUGAUAUGAUACAUAUUUCUAAAAUUGUUGUUGUGUCUGUACCAUAUAACGUAAUAUAUUUGUGUGAUUACUAAUUCAUCUUGUGUAUUAUUUCAAAUUUCGAUUCAUGCAUUUUUCCGAUGAUUGAAAUGAAACAAUUCUGAAGAAAAUGACGUAC